GUCGCCAUCAUGGGGUCGGGGGAGGUCUCAAUGUCGGGCAUAUGGAUUGGGUGGAUGGUGUGGACGACGUCGCUUGCGCAAUGCCUUCGGGCGCGCGCUUUCGGUGUGCGGAUGCUGUCGUGCAUCAGCUGCUCUACGUGGCGGGCCGGCGACGCACCUUCGGGUCGUCUGCGCUAUGCUCUGCUUGUGCUCUUCGUUGAUCAUCGUCGUGCUCCUGUGUUCGGUCGUGUGCUGCUCGCUUCCCUGCUGCUUGUUGUCAUUGCUGCCGUUCUCGUUGUCUGUCUCUUGCUCUUCUCAAUGUCGCUUCGCGGACUCUCUUCGUGUUGCUGUACUCUUUGACAUGGUCGUGUAUGUGCUUGCGUUGUGUGUCUCCAAGUGUAGCCAUAGUUUGAUCUGUAGACGGCCCUUAGGGCUAAAUGUACUUGUAUCUCUGACU